AUGACUCGAGAAGAACCACUCCUCGCUCGGCCUGCCUCGCCCAACUCGUCGACCCACGGUAUCGAAGAGGAAGACGCCCUCCUCACAGGCCAACCGACCAACCGAUCCCCGGCCAAAAAGUAUAGAAAAUGGAGGGAAAUCGGUCUCUUCGUCUGGGCCCUCCUUGCAACUGUGUCCGUCAUCAUUCUCGGUGUCAUAUAUCAGCAUGAAUCCACGGUUGGCCGAGCUCGACCUCGGACGGGAGGUUGGGGUCCAGAUGGGAAGCCAUCUGGCAAGAGAAAUAUGAUAUUUAUGGUCUCGGACGGCAUGGGCCCAACCUCGCUGUCAAUGACGCGGAGCUUUAGACAAUACACGACCGGGCGGCCCAUAGAUGACGUUCUGAUUCUUGACCGACACCACAUCGGCUCCUCGAGGACGCGGAGCACCAGCAGCCUGGUUACCGACUCUGCCGCUGGCGCCACGGCCUUCUCAUGCGGAUUCAAGAGCUACAAUGGUGCGAUUUCGGUGCUACCAGAUCACACUCCCUGCGGAACAGUCCUGGAGGCCGCCAAAAGAGCGGGAUACAUGACUGGACUGGUUGUGACUACGAGGAUCACCGAUGCCACUCCCGCCUGCUUUGCCUCCCAUGCGAAUCGAAGGGAAUACGAAGAUCUCAUCGCCGAACAAAUGAUAGGUCACUAUCCUUUGGGUCGCGUCGUGGAUCUGAUGAUCGGUGGUGGACGAUGUCAUUUCCUGCCCAACACAACGGAGGGUUCGUGCCGGGCCGAUGGCAAGGAUAUCGUGGCCAUGGCCAGGGACAAGUUUGGCUUCACCUACGUUGACAACAAGAAAGACUUUGACAACCUGAACGCCGACGACUUGCAGUUGCCGUUGCUUGCCCUGAUUGCCGACGGAGAUGUCCCAUACGAAAUCGACAGAGUGCAUGUGUCGGACGUUUACCCGAGCGAAGUUGAAAUGGCCCGACUGGCACUCAAAGCCUUGUCGGCAGCGACCAAGGACUCCGACAAGGGGUUUUUCCUCAUGAUUGAAGGGUCAAGAAUCGACCAUGCAGGACAUUUCAACGACCCAGGCGCGCAGGUGCGCGAGGUCUUGGCCCAUGAUGAGUCGUUCGGCGCCGUUCUCGACUUCCUCGAAGACGACAAGACCGAGGGCGUUCUUGUGUCCACAUCCGACCAUGAGACUGGCGGUCUCGCUGCAGCACGCCAGUUGCACGAAACAUAUCCGUCGUACCUGUGGUUCCCCGAAGUCCUGGCCAACGCAACACACUCUACCGAAUAUCUCGCACGCAAGUGGAGCGAGUACAUCUCAGAAAGUGCUGAUGCCUCGCGUACAGAAAAAGGGACUAAACUCCGCGAUUUGGUCAGCUCCAACCUGGGCAUAUCAGACCUCUCCCAGGGCGAGAUUGACGCCAUCAUUGACGCUUCGCCGAUCUGGCCUCCUUUAUACCACUUUUCUGACAUCAUCUCUCGCCGGGCACAAAUUGGAUGGUCUACACAUGGCCAUUCGGCGGCAGAUGUGAAUAUCUACGCCUCACACCCGAGUCACGCUCCAGGGUUGGUGGGCAAUCAUGAGAACAUAGAAGUGGGCGAGUUUAUUGCCGAGUAUCUGGACCUGGAUCUGGGCGUGAUUACGGCAGAGCUGAAAAGCAAAAAGGUCAAGACCUCAGUGGAGGGAGAGGUCGAGGGGGACUGGGGAGAGUGGAUGGGUCCGCCUGGUCUGCCCGUCAACGAGGACGGAAGUUUGGUGGUACUAGAUGCAUACCACGGUGAUUUCAAGCAUCGGAAGCGCGAGGCCGAGGGAAUUGCUGAUUGUGGGUGUGGCAUGAAGCACUGA